AUGGCGGAAGACUUGGACACCGAUAAAAUCAAAGACUGGCGAUCAAUUAUCACGCUGAUUGUUUUCAUUAUCACCAAUAUCAUUGUGCUUUUCCCCUUCCAUAUUCCCAUCUACGUUCCGCGCCCGCUUUUCAACGGGGUGCUGGAUGCUCUGAGCACAUUACGAAUCAUAGCUCCCAGACAGGACCGCGGCCAUUCGGACGAUAACGACGAUCAGAAUGGCAAAGUCAAAGCAUAUGUGCGGUUGAACCUGCCGGUCAAUUUCGUGACAGCACCUCUAGUGGCCGAUCUCUUCUUGUUGGCCAUCUUGGCAAUUGGCCGAGAUGAAGUGCGCGGUGGCACACUGGGUGCCGACAAUAUCGUCCCCAUUGACAUCAUGGGCUUCUUCCUGACACUGGCCUACAUCGCCAUUUCCAUUGACGCAUCGGGUCUAAUCAGGUACUUGGCCUUCAAGGUGCUUGAUAAAGGUGGUAAGGUCGGCCACCGGCUCUUCUUCUAUCUGUACGCCUUCUUCUUCGGUCUCGGCAGCUUCAUUGGCAAUGACCCGAUCAUUCUGUCUGGAACCGCAUUUCUUGCCUAUAUGACCCGUGUCUCUCGCAACAUCGUCCACCCGCGAGCCUGGAUCUACAGUCAAUUCGCUAUUGCCAAUAUUGCCUCGGCAAUCCUCGUCUCCUCGAACCCGACCAACUUAGUGCUAGCCGGUGCAUUUCAAAUCAAGUUCAUCCACUACACCGCAAAUAUGAUUGUUCCCGUUGUGAUCACUGCCAUCGUGCUGUUCCCUUUUCUGCUUUACAUCAUCUUUGCGGACGAAUCUCUCAUCCCUCUCUCGAUCAAGAUGCAUGAACUCUCAGACGAGGAAAAGGCAAAGAAGCCGGUGAACCCCAACAUCCCUAACGCUAGGGGAAAUACCGAGGAGCAGGAGAACGAUUCUGUUGAGGACGAGCAAAAGCUCUCUUUGGAAGAGAUCAUGAAUCCGUUCUUGGAUAAGGGAGGUGCUGCGUUUGGCGCACUAAUCAUGGCAGCGACGUUAAUUACACUUCUGGCCAAAAACGCUGCUAGUCAGAACGGCGAUGAGCAUCCCGUCUCCUGGGUGACGGUGCCAGCCGCCUUCGUCAUGUUCUGUUGGGAUAUCGGAUUUGGGUGGUACCACCGACAUGAGACCCGCGAGAUUGCCAGGAAGGGCCGCGAGGAGGUCGAACUAGCCCAAGCGGAACGAGCGCUCAGGGAGGAAAAAGCAAGAAGGGAGCAAUCCGAGGCCACUCAUUCUGCGAAGCCUCAAAUAAACCAUCAGAAUGGAACAACGUCAGACAGGAAGGAAGAAAUCACUGCGGAUAUCACCAGUGUCAAGCCGCCAAAUCGCGCUUCUACAGGGUUCUCGUCCGAGAUGUCAGACGGCCAAAGCCAUACACUGGCUUCCCCGCUAGAAUCGUCAAUAUCAACGCUGGUACCGAGAGGUGAUCAAGUGCACAACGGUCCCGCUGGUACCAGCGCAAUGAAUACGUUGGACGAAAAGCAGGAAUUCUCUACGGCCCCGCCACGACAAAUGUCAGGUGCGACCUCAAGUCUCGAGAUGGAUGUUGAAAAGCGGACAUAUACCGACAGCCGCUCGCAGGAUGUUACAUCAAGGAACAGAGCAGAGAAGUCGACUCUAGUGUCAUUGUCCAGGAAGGCGUACAGAUGGUCGCAAGAGACGUUUCCCACCGUUACAGCGGUGGUGUCCCACAUGCCAUUCGCGCUUGUACCCUUUGCUUUCGCCAUGUUCGUUCUCGUGCAAGCACUAGUAACUAAGGGUUGGGUUCCUGUGUUCGCUUACGGGUGGGAUCACUGGGUGAAAAAGACGGGGACUGUCGGCGCGAUUGGUGGCAUGGGCUUUCUCUCCGUGAUACUGUGCAACUUUGCCGGCACAAACAUCGGUACCACCAUCCUUCUGUCACGAGUCAUACAAACAUGGCAGCAGAUUCACCACGAUAACGGCAUCGCGAUCAGUAACCGGACUUUCUGGGCCACUGUAUACAGUAUGGCGAUCGGUGUGAACUACGGUGCCUUCAGCACGGCCUUCAGCGCAUCCCUGGCUGGCCUGUUGUGGCGAGACAUCCUCGCCAGAAAGCACAUUCGGGUCCGGAGCCUAGAUUUUGCACGGGUCAACCUCCCCAUUAUCGCGAUCUCCAUGAUUGUGGGGUGUACCAUCCUCGUGGGGCAGGUCUACAUUACCAGAGACAAAUCUCCUUAUGACGAUUGGCAUUAUACUUCUGAUGAAAUCAUCUAG